UCACGGAACUUAGAGUCGCAACAACCACAACGUCGUCAGGAGCCAUUCACCCUAGCGCAAUUCACUCGAGGCGCUUCGGUGUGGAAAAUGGCCGCGCACGACGGCCCGAAGCUGCUUUGGAACCCAGACAACGUCCGAGAUGUUGCCGACUCGAUAGGGAUAUCGCUAGCAGACGAGCCGCUGCGCGUGCUCGCCCAAGACGUCGAGUAUCGUAUCGGGCAGGUCAUCGUCGAGUCCCUGCGAUUUAUGCGCGCCGCCAAUCGCACUACUUUGACCGUGCAGGACGUGUCGUUAGCGCUCAAAGUGCUCGAUGUCGAGCCGCUCUAUGGCUACGAGUCCACGCGCCCGCUUCGAUAUGGCGAAGCGAGUCUUGGCCCUGGCCAGCCUCUCUUCUAUAUCGACGACGAAGAGGUCGAUUUUGAGAAAGUGAUCAACGCUCCGCUGCCGAAAGUGCCGCGCGAUAUGAGCUUCACCGCCCACUGGCUUGCCAUCGAGGGCGUCCAGCCGUCCAUUCCCCAGAAUCCCACGACCGCCGAGACCUCCUCCAAAGAGCUCCUGCCGAAGGGGCCCGGCGCCAACCCCGCCCUGGCCGCCCUCGCAGGCAACGACAACGUCUCGUUCCGACCCUCGGUCAAGCACGUCAUUAGCAAGGAACUCAUCCUGUACUUCGACAAGAUCCAAGCUGCGAUACUCGACGACGAUCCCGACGAGGAAAAGACAAGACUCCGAGAAGCGGCCCUUGAAUCCGUGCGCUCCGAUUCCGGCCUGCACCAGCUCCUUCCCUACUUUGUCAACUUCAUCACAAACCAAGUGACCCACCACCUCGACGACCUCUUCAUACUCCGCCAGAUGAUGGAGCUCGCCGAGGCCGUCAUACAGAACCCGAACCUGUUCCUCGACCCCUACGCGAGCGCCCUCUCCGCGCCGAUCCUCACCUGCCUCAUGUCCCGCAGGCUAGGCGGGGCCGCCUCGGCCGACGAGGGCUCCGACACGCUGCGCGAGCAGUACAGCCUCCGAGAGCUGGCGGCCAGCCUGCUGGAGAUGGUGGCCCGCAAGUACGGCGCCACCAACGCGCUGCUGCGUCCCAAGCUGACGCGUACGUGCCUCAAGCACUUCCUCGACCCGACGCGCCCGCCGGCCGUGCUGUUCGGCGCCAUCCGCGGCGUGGCCGCGUCGGGCGGCCCGGAGGCCGUGCGCGUCCUGGUCCUGCCCAGCCUCAAGAGCUUCGACGGCGCGGUGCUGCAGCCGCUGAGCGAGAAGGGCGAGGCGCACGCCAUGGAGCUCGAGAUGCUCGUCGGCGGCAUCAUGAAGGCCAUCGACAGCCUCGUGGGAGGGUCGGCCAUCUCCCUCGCCAACGGGGUGAACGGCGUGGAUCUGUCCAAGGAAGCGGAACAGGUCACCGAGUUCCUGGGACCCGUCAUCGGGCAGAGAGUGGCGCGGUUGGGGAACCACGCGCUAAACAGGGCCAUUCUCGAGGUCCGACAUUUAGACUAACUAUUCCAAGACUCAUCGUCUCUCCUCUUUCGGGUACUUGCGCUAUGAUGGGGUGUUUCGAACAAGUAUGGACGGCGUUGCGGAGCCCACUAGGUGCACAACGGGAUGGGAACUGGAUCUGUCGUGUUCUUUUCUCCCUUUUUCUUUUUGGUCGGUAUCAAGGAGUAUAGGCGUAUGAAAACGGCGAGAGUCCGAGCGAGUUAUCAAAGAAAAUGACGGAUAGUCAGAGCUCCUUAUUUAAUUCG